CUGGAAUGACGCUUUCAAACACAUACUCUACUCAUGCAUUCCCGGGAGCAGAGAGCAGCUUAAUGUUUUCACGAUACACAGGCAUGAAGUUUGGCGAAGGCAUUUUAAUAUUUUUACCUGAAUAUUUUCAUAAAAUCAAAAGAUCAUUUUCACUCUAAUACUCUACUUAGAAUGUAAUUUUCCAUUAAAUAAACAGUCAAUGUUCAGUAACCCACAUGCUGAUAAACUUUUGAAAACUUUAGAAAGUAUUAAGUAUAAUCAAAGAUUACUUUUAAUUUUCGAGCUGGCAAGAGCCUGUAUCAGGGAACAGAGUUGAGAUUGAAAAGAUAAAAGCACAAUUAUUUUCUUAAAGAAAAGCGAAAUUCAUAAAAGAGACCACGUGAUUCUAUAAAGCAACACAGAAUCCGUUUACAGAACAGGCAAACAUGGACCACAGAACACCAGUGUUGCCCAUGAUGAAACAGUUAAAAGGAAGAAUUCACGGUGGCCCAGCAUAGGUCAGGUGUGGGAGGACAGAGUAGUGACAAAAUGAUCCUUCUUCUAACUUCCCAGAAAGGCACAAACAGCCAGCACUGUAACUGAAGACCACGCAGGAACCAGUAUGAACUCAGACGCCAUGGCCAGCACCGUAACUGGAAACCACACGGGCACUGGUGUGAACUCAGAUGCCACGGCCCGCACCGUAACUGGAGACCACGCAGGCACCAGUGUGAACUCAGAUGCCAUGGCCAGCACCGUAACUGAAGACCACGCAGGCACCAGUAUGAACUCAGACCCCACGGCCCCAACCGUAACUGGAGACCACGCGGGCACCGGUGUGAACUCAGACGCCAUGGCCAGCACUGUAACUGGAGACCACGCAGGCACCAGUGUGAACUCAGACCCCACAGCCCGCAUCGUAACUGGAGAUCAUGCAGGCACCAGUGUGAACUCAGACCCCACGGCCCCAACCGUAACUGGAGACCACGCAGGCACCAGUCUGAACUCAGACUCCAUGGCCCCAACCAUAACUGGAGACCACGCGGGCACCGGUGUGAACUCAGACCCCACGGCCCACACCAUAACUGGAGACCACGCGGGCACCGGUGUGAACUCAGACCCCAUGGCCCCAACCGUAACUGGAGACCACGCAGGCACCGGUGUGAACUCAGACCCCACAGCCCGCACCGUAACUGGAGACCACGCGGGCACCGGUGUAAACUGAGACUCCAUGACCAGCACCAUAACUGGAGACCACACGGGCACCAGUGUGAACUCAGACCGCACGGCCCGCACCGUAACUGGAGACCAUGUGGGCACCAGUGUGAAUUCAGACCCCACAGCCCACACCAUAGCUGGAGACCACGUGGGCACCGGUGUGAACUCAGACCCGACAGCACCUGCCUGGGCUGCUCCAGCCACCACCAGAACCUGUUCUGCAGCUGAACUGGAAGCUGAUUCUGGAAGGAACUGAGGAGCAUGAGGACGAGAUCCUUCUACCUCAACAGGGAUCAAUUUUUUAAAUGAUUUCUUUCUUUUAGAAAACUGUUAAUAAAAUACUUUGCUCUAAAAUGACCAGGAUUUCAGCAGCCUCUACAUUCCUUCAUGUCAAUCAAAGCUUAGGCACAUGGGUUACUUCACUGUUCGCGACACCCUUUCCAAAUAAAACCCGGGGCCGCCUGUGUACCCAAGAGCCUGGGCCCUGAGCAUUCAGAGAAAACGUCCAGGGCAAGAGCGCUGACGUCCCAGCGGUGAGGUAGAGUGGAUGGGGGGAGUUCCAGCCACAGAUGGCCACGCCUCCCCUGCCUCCGGCCAGUGCCCACUGCUCACGCACUCCUUCCUCGGCCCAUCCUGAGCCACGGGGCCCUCGCAUAACCAAGGCCACUGCGGUACCUCCAGGAACAAACUGGUUACAGGUGGACUGCUCUCUACGCAGGGUGCAAAGAUUGUUUUUAAAACUGCUCGGCUCAGGAACUUAUCCCAGUAACAGGCUAGAUUAAGAAAACUGACUAAAAACAGUAGAAAGAAAAACUCACUCUAUCCACUGAGGCAAGAGAAAUGCACACGGCCUCUGAAAUAACUGCAGAGGAGUUUUCCUGGGUUAGGUACGCGGUGGGGUGACCCUACCCCAUAGACGGCACGUGGUGGGAACCGAGGAACAUCUCCGAAUAAAAGCGGGAAAAUGCACUCAACUCCCAAACAGAGAGAGAAACUGCUUUUUUCAUUAAAAGCUUCUCUCUUUUAUUCUCAGAAAGACUCUCUUUGGUGUCUUGACUGCUGAAGGGACAAGCCUGUCAUACCCAGAGAGCAGCCCUGGACAGUCUCCAGAUCCUAUGGCCCUCAGGUCCACCUUGCCUACUGAUGAUCCCACAUUACGAAACCUGAUCAUCAGAAAGAGCCUCCCAGUCCGCAGCUCACAAGUGGCACUUUAUUCAGGGAAACGCUAAUAAAAACCUCAGGCUCCGCGUAAAUGCUGUCCCCUAGGUACCAAGGCUCCACACAGAUGGCACACAGGGAGACAGGCCUCACCCCUUCCUGGCGCCCCAAGUCUCUCCUGACAUUUUAUUAGCUGCGUUUUGUGGUGGUUUAUUACUUUUAACCUGCCUGUCCAAGGCAGCUGCACUAAACUACUUGUCCAGGGCAGAUGCACUCAUAAUGACCAUCAGCUCAGAGUUGGAAGUAGCACUGGAGAAUGACGCAGUUUCAGGGCACUACACUUCCCUGCCCUCUUUUCCAGAGAUGCCAAGUAAGUUUCUGCCGUGGCUGAUGAUGUCAGUACUACACUAACAUUAGUUCAACGGCAGGCCACCAAUCAAUACUUAAUGAACAAUGUCCUUAAGAGCGAAACCCCAUCUCUACCAAAAUACAAAAAAUUAGCUGGGUGUGGUGGUGAGCGCCUAUAAUCU